AUGACAAGUGAUGGUGCUGUUACGUUUUGGAUAUUUUUGCUUUGUUUGAUAGCCACCUCGCCGCACCUGAAGGGAGGCGAGGCGGGUAGGCCCGAUGAGCUGCAUAUAGGUGGCAUCUUCCCCAUAGAAGGCAAAGGAGGAUGGCAGGGCGGGCAGGCAUGCAUGCCGGCCGCAAAACUGGCAUUGGAUGAUGUCAACAAGCAGCCAAAUCUUCUACCAGGCUUCAAGCUCAUCCUCCACAGCAAUGACAGUGAGUGCGAGCCGGGACUGGGCGCCAGUGUGAUGUACAAUCUGCUGUAUAAUAAACCGCAAAAACUCAUGCUACUGGCUGGAUGCAGCACUGUGUGCACCACUGUGGCAGAGGCUGCCAAAAUGUGGAAUCUCAUUGUGCUUUGCUAUGGAGCCUCGAGUCCUGCCCUGUCAGAUCGUAAGCGUUUCCCAACGCUUUUCCGUACCCAUCCAUCGGCCACGGUGCACAAUCCAACGCGCAUUAAACUGAUGAAGAAAUUUGGUUGGUCUCGCGUGGCCAUCCUACAACAGGCCGAAGAAGUAUUUAUAUCGACCGUAGAAGAUCUUGAGAAUCGAUGCAUGGAAGCUGGCGUUGAAAUCGUAACUAGACAAUCAUUUCUAUCCGAUCCAACAGACGCCGUACGCAAUUUACGACGCCAGGAUGCACGCAUCAUUGUGGGACUCUUCUAUGUGGUGGCCGCCCGUCGAGUGCUCUGCGAAAUGUACAAACAGCAGCUCUAUGGGCGGGCACAUGUAUGGUUCUUCAUAGGCUGGUAUGAAGAUAAUUGGUAUGAGGUGAAUCUAGUAUCCGAGGGCAUCACCUGUACUGUUGAGCAAAUGCGUAUAGCUGCUGAAGGACAUCUAACGACAGAGGCUCUCAUGUGGAAUCAGAACAAUCAGACAACAAUAUCCGGUAUGACUGCAGAGGAAUUUCGACAUCGACUGAAUCAGGCUUUAAUUGAGGAGAAAUACGACAUAAGUCAUGGGCGCUAUCCGGAGGGCUAUCAGGAGGCACCCCUAGCCUAUGAUGCUGUCUGGAGUGUGGCAUUAGCUUUUAAUAAAACAAUGGAACGUCUAACGAUGGGCCAGAAAUCCCUGAAAGAUUUCACCUAUACGGACAAGGAAAUUGCCGAUGAGAUCUAUGCGGCCAUGAAUUCAACACAGUUUCUGGGUGUAUCGGGCGUUGUGGCAUUCAGCUCGCAGGGCGAUCGUAUUGCCCUCACACAGAUCGAACAGAUGGUGAAGGGCAAGUACGAGAAAUUGGGAUACUACGACACCCAGCUGGAUAACCUAACCUGGUUGAAUACCGAACAAUGGAUUGGUGGCAAGGUUCCUCAAGAUCGCACAAUUGUUACCCAUGUCCUACGCACAGUUUCCUUGCCAUUAUUUGUGUGUAUGUGCACCAUCUCCAGUUGCGGCAUCUUUGUUGCAUUCGCCUUGAUCAUCUUUAAUAUAUGGAAUAAGCAUAGAAGAGUAAUACAAUCCUCACAUCCUGUUUGCAAUACGAUCAUGUUAUUUGGUGUCAUCAUCUGUCUCACAUCAGUCAUCUUAUUGGGCAUGGACGGACGCUUUGUAAGCCCCGAGGAAUACCCAAAGGUUUGCCAAGCUCGAGCUUGGUUAUUAUCCACCGGUUUUACAUUAGCAUAUGGUGCAAUGUUCAGCAAAGUCUGGCGUGUGCAUCGUUUUACAACAAAAGCGAAAACUGACCCGAAGAAAAAAGUGGAACCUUGGAAGCUAUACACCAUGGUUUCGGGCCUCUUAUCAAUAGAUUUAGUGAUAUUACUCUCAUGGCAGAUCUUUGAUCCGCUGCAGCGUUAUCUCGAAACAUUCCCACUCGAAGAUCCAGUAUCUACAACUGAUGAUAUUAAAAUACGUCCAGAGCUUGAGCAUUGUGAAAGUCAACGCAAUUCCAUGUGGUUAGGCCUUGUCUAUGGCUUUAAGGGCCUUAUUCUGGUGUUUGGCCUAUUUUUGGCCUAUGAGACGCGUUCCAUUAAAGUGAAACAGAUCAACGAUUCGCGUUAUGUGGGCAUGAGCAUCUACAAUGUGGUCGUUCUAUGCCUGAUAACAGCACCGGUGGGCAUGGUCAUUGCAUCGCAACAGGACGCAUCCUUUGCCUUUGUUGCUCUAGCUGUGAUAUUCUGUUGUUUCCUAAGCAUGCUGCUGAUAUUUGUGCCAAAGGUCAUUGAGGUCAUACGACAUCCCAAGGAUAAAGCCGAGUCGAAAUACAAUCCCGAUUCGGCCAUAUCGAAGGAGGAUGAAGAACGCUAUCAGAAACUGGUUACCGAAAACGAGGAAUUACAACGAUUAAUAACACAGAAGGAGGAAAAGAUACGGGUCCUACGACAGCGGCUCGUGGAGCGGGGCGACGCCAAGGGCACAGAACUGAAUGGAGCAACGGGCGCCGCCUCUGCAGCAGCAGCCACGACGUCACAACCCGCUUCUCUCAUCAAUGCAUCCGCAUCCGCACAUCCCACGCCCGCAGCCACACUCGCAAUCACACAAGAUACUCAUGAGCAUCGUACAUGAAAAAACUUGUCAAUUUCCUUUGCGUGAUAGGUGAAUUAUACAAGAGAAAAUAUGAAAUGCAUAUAAGAAGGAUGAAAAAAACGAAGGAAGAAACGGACAAAUUUAAUAUAUAAUGUGUACUUAAUAAACUUUGUAUCAACUU